CGGCGUGGGGCGGGCAGGGGGGAGGGGGGGUGUUCACGGUAUGGAGCUCCGCUCCCCGGCGCUGACAGCGGACCGCUGCCUGGACCGAGCAAUACCAGUGAUGGCGACACAGGCUCGGAGAGCGCCCUGACAGCCUUGAAGCCGUCGCUCGUCGUAACGACUAUUGGACAUUUUGGGACAUUCAUUUUGUUUGUUUUUUUAUUUAUCCUUUCGUUUUUGAGCGUAGAGCGUCGCUCGGCUCACACAUCGACCUGCUCAGCUCUUCUCGGCGCUCACCUUUCUGUUUGUGCUGGAUGUAAGCUCCCUGACGCUGUCCAUCUUUAAGAUUAAAGCAGCCGCUCUCUUUCCGACAUGCAUCAUGGCACAUAGGACAGUCUGGGAGCUCGUAGCCGUACAGUACGUCGCUUAUGCGCCGCCGGGGAUCCGCAGUGCAAUCGGGCCGUGAAUCGUUUCGCUUUUCCUCCACCCCGGGAGUAACCUUUUAUUUCAUUUCCUCCGUGCCGAGUGACACCACUCCCACCGAACCGGAGCAUCUUUUAUUCUUUAUUUUAUUUAUUUAUUUUUUACCCAAGACCUCACGGCUUUCACUUGUGCGCUUUGCAGCCCAGGCGCUGUAGGGGUGGAUCAGAAAGCUUUCUGGGCUAGGCAAAAAUACAGACACAAAUCCUACACAAGGAGGAUGCAUCGGCUGUGAAAUAAAUUAAAGAAAACAGGGUCAAGAUGGGGAAAGAUCAGGAAUUGCUGCAAGCAGUCAAGACCGAAGAUCUGAUUACGGUGCAGAAGCUCUUACAGAGACCCAAACCAGGCAAAGCAAAGCUCCUGGGGUCAGCUAAGAAGGUGAACGUCAACUUCCAGGACAUAGAUGGGUUCGCCCCACUGCACCAUGCCGCCCUCAACGGGAACCUGGAGCUCAUCGCCCUGCUGCUGGAGUCCCAGGCUGCGGUGGACGUCCGAGACCAGAAAGGCAUGCGACCGCUGCAUUAUGCUGCCUGGCAGGGUAAGUCAGAGCCUAUCAGGAUGCUGCUGAAGUCGGGCUCCUCAGUGAACGGACAGUCAGAUGAGGGCCAGAUCCCCCUGCACCUGGCGGCACAGCAUGGGCACUAUGACGUGUCGGAGAUGCUGCUCCAGUACCAGUCUAACCCCUGCAUUGUGGACAAUGCCGGGAAGACCCCGUUGGACUUGGCCUGUGAAUUUGGCAGGGUUGGGGUCGUCCAGCUACUCCUCAACAGCAACAUGUGCGCUGCCCUGCUGGAGCCCAAACCCGGCAACCCCACCGACCCCAAUGGCACCAGCCCACUGCACCUCGCCGCCAAGAACGGCCACAUCGACAUCAUAAGGCUGCUGAUCCAGGCGGGCAUCGACAUCAACUGGCAGACCAAGUCAGGCACAGCACUCCACGAGGCUGCCCUCUGUGGAAAAACGGAGGCGGUGCGCCUGCUGCUGGACAGCGGCAUCAACGCGGCAGUGAGGAACACCUACAGCCAGACAGCGCUGGAUAUUGUGCAUCAGUUCACUGCCUCACAGGCCAGCAAGGAGAUUAAGCAGAUGCUAAGAGAUGCCUCUGCAGCCCUGCAGGUCAGGGCCCUGAAGGAUUACUGCAACAAUUAUGACUUGACCAGCCUCAACAUUAAGGCCGGUGACAUCAUCUCGGUCCUUGAGCAGCAUCCCGAUGGCAGGUGGAAGGGCUGUAUCCAUGACAACCGCACAGGAAAUGACAGAGUGGGCUACUUCCCCUCCAGCCUGGUGGAGGUGAUCAGCAAGAGGGCAGGUGCGAGCUGGAACACAUCGACCGGGCCGGAUGCACCCUCUAUCUCAGACAGACAAAUACAGGGUUCAUGGAACACAGUCAUUUGUACCCAACAGUAUCAAAAGAUACAGCUCUGUGGGCCCGUGUGUGGCGCCCCCAUGUGCGGCCCGCCCGCCGUGCUCAACGGGGACUCGUAUCAGUAUCACGCCCUACCGCCGCCUCCACCGCCACCGCCAACACAUUCCCAUCAGCCCCUUUUCACUUCCUUUGGCUAUAGCAGGUCCCAGAGUGCCCCGGGAGAGCCACAUUCUACACAAGGUUCCCGAGGCUCAGAGUCCAGCCCCCAUGGCUCCCCCUCCCCCACCACCGGCCCUCAGGGCGGCAUCGGCGAGGAGAUCUGGGUGCUGCGCAAGCCCACCGCAGGUAACGGGCACCCUCCCCUUUGGGGGCCAGGCGCUGCCAUUGUGAACAGCCAUCUCCAUGCCUGGGCCCAGCGAGGAUUGCACGCCCCCCCCAGACAACCCCCCCCCCCCCAUUGCCCUGAGCCAUUUCCAAGCCCCAGUGACCAUAGGAACAGUACUCUGGCACCCUGGGAGUCUGCGACUGUGUGCUGUGUGCCCUCCCACAUCUCAUCACCCGUCCUCAGUACCCGUCACGUCCUCCUGGCGUUUAGUGUAUCUUCCAGUGCAUUACAGCCGCAUGUCUCGCAUGCCUGCCGUGCCCCGGGGGGCCCAGGUGCACUCCGGAGGCCCAGCUGCACUCCGGAGGUCCAUCCACACUCCAGUUGCCCUGACACACCAUCCUGCUGUUGUCUUUCAGCCGGGACAGGGGACCGCAGCAGUAUGGGGAGCUCAGGCAGCGUGGCCAGUGGCCGGUCCUCGGGCAGCGGGCAGAGCGCAGGCAGCGGGAGCCACGCCCUGCAUGCCCAGGCCGAGGGCGUCAAGCUCUUGGCUACCGUGUUGUCUCAGUCCACCAAAGCUAAGGAGCACCUUCUGGAGCAGUCCAAAUCAUUGGAGCAGUCCACAGCUCCGUCGUCACGCUCCCAGAGCUCGCCAAGCUGUCCGUACCACGAGCCGGCAUACGGGGAGGCGGCACCGCCGGCCCAGAGGAAGGGGGAGGUGCCAUCCGAGGAGAAGAGCUCAGAGGCCGUUAUCGAAUGGCUGAGCACGUUUCAGCUUCAAGCCUACGGUCCAAACUUCAUCAGCGAGGGCUAUGACAUGUCCACCAUUAGCCGAAUGACCCCCGAGGACCUGGCCGCCAUCGGUGUGAACAAACCAGGCCACCGCAAGAAGAUGACGUCGGAGAUCAGCAAACUUAGUGCCACCGAGUGGCACCUGGACCAGAAGCCUGCUGACCUGGCCGAGUGGCUUUCUAUGAUUGGCUUGGGCCAGUACUACCAGAUCCUGGUAAACAACGGCUACGAGAGCAUCGACUUCAUCACCGACAUCACCUGGGAGGACCUGCAGGAGAUCGGUAUCACCAAGCUAGGCCACCAGAAGAAGCUGAUGCUGGCUGUGAGGAAGCUGGCUGAGAUCCAGAAGACCUCAGAAGGCCGCAAGAGGAAGGGGCCACAGUCCGUGGAGGUGGUGUCCAUCCAGAGUCCCCCCCACGACGGUGUCGUGGUCACGUCACCCAAACUGAGCACUUUCCAGGACAGCGAGCUGAGUGGCGAGCUCCAGGCGGCAUUGUCCCGUACUGGCGAACGGCAGCAGGGUACUGAGGCCAAGCCGCGAACUCGCCCUGCCCCCAACAGCGGGCCGGCCAAGAGCAGGGAGCCGGAGGAGGGGGGCGGCGCCCCUCCCAGGAAAGAAGCGCGAGCUGCACGCCAGAGCAGCCAGGGGGCGCACAGGGGCAACGUGCCACCAGCCCUAUCAAAAUCAAGGCAGUCUUACCCAUCGGGGGGUGGGUCCACAUACACGCCCCCACAGACCCCAACAAAGACCAAGCCCUCCCCCCAGCAGACUACUGGCCCUGCACAGGCCAAGGUGAAGGGGGCCACAUCCAGCGGGGGUGCUGCUGAGCAGACAACCACCACCCCCAGCCUGCCCCAGUCGCCUAAGCAGAAGACCCACGUCCACAAAGAGCCCCGAGACGGGGUGGCCGCUCCACCUCCCAGCCCGACCCCUGGGCCCCUGCCUGUCGCUGUGCCCACGCUGUGCCUCCCCCCGGGGGAGGAGCCGGAGGUGGCGGAGGGGAAGUCGCAGAAGCGAGCACACAGCCAAAGCCGGCACGUUGCCACAGAUGGUGAGGAGCCGGGGGCCACAACUGUGGCCUCUACUCCCCGGGGCAGCGCCACCCUGGGCCCCGCGGACAAGAACACUAACCGUGGCCACUCAUUCGCCCGGCCCCGGAAGAAGGGGCCACCGCCACCCCCGCCCAAGCGCUCCAGCUCAGCCAUCUCCAGCCCCAUCCAGCCUGAUGACGCCAAGGAGCCCCCCAGCACAGGACUGCUGGAUGUGGGCUACCGGCCACAGCGGCGGGCCAGUGACCUCGGUGCCGCUGUGGACACAGGCAGCGCUGGCAGCGUCAGGAGCAUCGCUGCCAUGUUGGAGAUGUCCUCCAUCGGGGGUGGGCCCAAGGCCCUGCAGAAGUCACCAGGGGGGCAGCAUCACCUGCAGGUAAAUGCAGAGCAUGGGCAAAUGACGGGGACCCCGGUUGGCGGGAAGCCACGUGAUGCCAUUGGUCUGGACGGCGAGGUGGUGAACCGGCGCCGGACCAUCAGCGGGCCCGUCACGGAGCUCGUAGCCGCAGCACGACGAGAGCGGGGUCCCCGGGAGCCACAACCAAAAGCCGGGGCACAUCCAGAACUGCCAGGCCGACUGGAGGAACAUUCGCUCCAGGGUCCAGCGGGCAACAUGCAUGUCACCGCGGAUGGGACCCUCAUGGUGAAACAGCACCCCCGCCAGGUCAAAGGCGAGGAUGACGGUCUUCCUGCCGGUUCGUGCACCGUGCCACCGGAGGAGGCUUCCCAGGCGGAGGCCACAGGCACCCUGAAGAGGAGGUCCCGGGCCAAGCUGCAAGCCGACGGGGUCCGCUUCCACCUGACCGAGUCCAGCACCGUCAAGCGACGGCCCAAGAGUCGGGACAAAGACUCAGAGGAGGAGGUGCCGGAAAGCCUGGUGCCGGCCCCCUGCCAGAACGGGACGCAGUGGGUCCAGGAGCACAGUGAGGGCAUCCCCCGCAGGGACAGCAGGGACAACCUCCUCCCUCCAGGACCCGAGGGCCCUAAGCCUCCCAAGCCGCCGGUGUCCCCUAAGCCCAUCCUGGCCCAGCACAUGAAAAAGACGGGACCUUCAGGACCCACCCCAAAGAGGGUGCCCCUCCCUGGACCCGGGAGCCCAGGAAGCCCAGAGGUAAAGCGAGUGCCACCACCCGUGUCGCCAAAGCCCGCUCCCCCCCCCACAGCGCCCAAGCCCACUAAGGUGCAGAUCAUCCCACAUCCCAUCAGUGUGAGCCCUGCCCCCGCCCUCGCCUCCACACAACCUCCUGCACUCACUCCUACACUCACGCAGGGCAGGAUCGCUGGCACGCCCCCAUCCGCGGGUCCCCUCACCCCACAGAGCCCACAGACAGCACAGGCCCUGGUCCUCUCCCCUGCCCCAACUCCCACGCCACCUCCCCCAGUGAAGCCCCCACGCUCCUCCAUCGGUGGGGCGUCCAUUGACAGCGGAGGCGGAGUGGAGGCGGCGCAGCAGCGGCUGGAAGAGACCAGCGCCUCCCUGGCUGCUGCCCUGCAGGCCGUGGAGGAGAAGAUCAGGAAGGAGGAGAAGAUCAGGCUAGAGGAUGGAAGCAGGGACACGGUGGCUGAGGAAAAGAGCACGGUGAGCAUCUUGGACGACAUCGGCAGCAUGUUCGAUGAGCUGGCCGACCAGCUGGACGCCAUGCUGGAGUGAAGGCUGUCACCGGGGGCGGCCCCGGCACCACCCUCAGGGCUCCCGUGAGGCACAGGAGAACCCCCCCCAUCACUCCCGCCCUACCACCCCCCCACAGGUCUCCUCUGCCAUCUGCCCUCCAAACGCCCCCUUUACCUUUCACCUUCCAGUCCAUCUCCAAACUUCCCCCAUGUUCUCCUCUUCUCCUGUCGCCUGCCUCACCCUAUCCAACCCCCCCCCCCAAUUUAUCACUCACUGCUUUCCCAGGAGUCAACAAAUCUGGCCUCUUUCUUCCUGUCAAUUUGCACAAACAAUCCAGUCAAUUCAUUUACAUAACCUGCUCGUCCCCCCCCCGCCUCCACCACCACCCCCAAAGGAAUUACCUCAGGAUAGGGUCUGAGGCCUAGAAGGCAGCACAGUGGAGGGGAAGCAGAGAGGGAAAUUUCCAGAACAAAUCGUAACUCUUUCUUCGUCUUUCUGCCUCUGUUGGAAUAUUCUGGCAAAUGUAUAAACAGAUAAUGCUACAGUACAAAAAAGAUAAAAAAUAAUGCUAUGUGUGCAUUGUAAGCAUGAAGAGAGGAGUUUAUAUCUUAAGAUAAAAAAGUCAUGCAUUAGUUGGUACAGUAAUAGAUAUAUAAAUAUAUACAAAUACUAUUUUUAUUUGACUGUUUUUUGCCUAAAUGGUACAAGUGUGCAGAAAUGUGGAUUUUUAUAUAUAACCAAACUGGGCUGCAAGAGCAGUUUCUGUGAUGUUAUGGACUUUGCAAAGAUACAUCAGCCAUUUUGAUUUCAGUAGUCAUAUAUAUAUAUGGAAAUAUAUAUAUAUAUUUCUUUUUUGAAUGAUGUGGGCUUCCAUGCACUUGCAUGUUCAGCUUCCAUGACAGGAUGUAAGAGUCUACCAGCCCACCCCGUGUGCAAUUCUGUAUAUCAAGGAUGGGGGAAAGGGGGUGAAAUGUAAGCACAGUCUCCCAAACGCACUGAUGGCCCUCAUAACCAGUCAGGAAACUCCAAGCUGGCCCCUUUAACCAUCCGGGAAACACACAGCCUCCCCUUUAACCAUCCGGGAAACACCCAGCCGCCCCUUUAAAAACGUAGGAGAUGCCCAGCUAGUUCUCUUGGCCAUCGACCAAACAGCCACCCGGCCCUGACCACCAUGCACACAGCUGGCCCACUCAGGCAUCCUCCAGACAUCCGGCUGGCCCUGUCAGCUGACCUGUACUCCGCUGGCUCUGCUCUAUCUCAGGUGGCCUCACCUGUCAAGUCGAGCCCGCAGUCAUUUCCCGCAGCAAAGGCGUCAUUUUGCGGAGGAAGUUAUCCAUAGGGAGGCAGUGCGCAAUGCAUACCACUCAUCACACUGCCCACCCAGAUUGCAAUCGCAUGGCCUCCCGGACAAGCACAAGCACCUCUCCACCAUUCCACCAUCAACUGGCAAGGAGGGACUCUGGGAGAUGGCGGUCUUAGCACAAGAUUCACUGGAUCCCAAUCCAGCAGCUGUUCCUACAGGGCUGAUAAAGGGCAUGUCUGGGCCCAUGGAAAUCACCUCAGUGUGUCAUGGAGUCGGCGUACGCAUGUGUGCGCGCGUGUGUGUGCAUGUCUGUGAACGUGUGUGUGCGUGUGUGUGCACUGUGUAUAGUUACAGCACUUCAUGAUUUAACAUUGUCAGUUUUCUAUAUCUGAAGUAUGAUACGAAUUAGCCCGAUGCGCUCCUGGCGUUUCACGCAAGCCAUUUGCGUUCGACCUGCUCCUGAGAUGCCCGGCACCCCCCCCUCUCCUUGCCUCGGCCCAAACCACCCACUCCGGCUCGGACAGCGCAGGCUGUGGGCCUCAGCUCACCGACACGCAGGCCUUGUCGAGCGUCUCCUCUGCCGACGGUCCGCCAACCGCCGCCACGAUCAGCGAUUCUGCAAUAACCGUCUCUCCGACGUUGCCAUGACAAUCCUUAACAUCAUCACCAAUAAGGAUGUGCCUCUUUUGGGGGGGGGGGGGGGGGGGGGGGGUUGUGUUGAGGUGAGAGUUAAGGCACAGACUGACAGGGAGCCUUGUGAAGCCAGGGCCAUCCGGACAGAGCUGGUCAGUGUCCGCGUCGUCUUCUGCUGUGCCCAGUUUGCUGUCCCCAUAUCACACAUAACUCUGUAGAUAGCUGGAAAAAGGCAUAUUAAAAGUGAUGUUUAAUUUAUUAAAAGUAAGUAUAAAUAAAGUAUUUAAUGAUAACUAUCCGGAAAGGUUGUUCAAGUCGACUGCUGUAACACAGAGAAAUGAACAGUAAUUUAUUUCCGAUUCAUGUUCCUGAAAAGUCAAUGUCAUUUUGUAUGUAUUUUUAUUUUCCUUUUCUACCGGAAGCUUUUGUGCCGUUGUACGUCUCGCAUUGCAUGAGUCCUCAUGGAGACUUUGUACUUUCUGCAAUGUCGUUCUGUUUUUUAUAUAUAUCAACGGAGUACAUAUGUGCCUUGCUUUAUUUCUGUUUGUUCCGCUUACGAUGGGUGUCGUCGGAGGGCUUCCUCACGCCGAACGUGACGUCUGUUACCGAGAACCGCGUUUCAAAAAAAAAAAUAAAAUGUUAAGAACAGGCAUAGUGCGAGACAGCCGUGCUCACAAGCACCACGGCGCCGCCCCCCUCGCCGACCCGCCCACCACAAAGGCUGAGGUCCUCUCCUCUGCAGCUAUGCAUUCCGACGCCGUGGUGCAGUGCCACUGCACGUAACUGUGUGUCUCCAUGUCGGCGUGAGAACUUCGACUCCUUUUCCAAAAUGAGAACAGUUUCCUUAGUUGUCGCUUUUUUGAUUAUCCUUCAUGUCCUAGAUGGAAAAAUCAAAUGAUACCAAGUAAAUACAUUUUAGAGCAAAAUACUCCAUUUAAAAGCAGAAAAAAGGUUUAUUUUUUAUCCUGCACAUGUGGAGAGGGACGAGGCGGCGGCGCCGGUCCUGGGGAGUUGCAGCGGGUCUGGCCUGCAUGUUUUCGCGACCUUCCACCAUCACACUGUACGAUACCUGCUGCCACGGCAACCUGUAUCCUUGCGGUGUGACUGCAUCCACAGCCAGCUGCUCUAAAUAAAUGUAACAUACAAACUCGGGGA